GGCAGAGUUGCUAGAAUGAAAGCCCAGAGCCGCGCGAUCUCGGCGAAGAGAGAGAGAGAGAGAGAGAGAUAAUUGGGGAUCUCGGCGAUGAAGCAGCUGAUCCGGCGGCUGGCGAGGGUGGCGGACGGCGGCGAUUACGAGCCUCUUAGGUCAAGCAAAGAGCCAAGGGAGAGGGUGCCGGAAGGGCAUGUGCCAGUCUACGUAGGGAAGGAGAUGGAGAGGUUUGCCGUUAAGGCGGAAUUGCUCGGACGACCGGCGUUCCUUGAGCUCCUGCGGAGAUCGGCGCAGGAGUACGGCUACGAACAGAGCGGCGUGCUCCGGAUCCCCUGUCCGGUGCCGCUGUUCAAGCAUGUGCUUCAGUUGAUGGUCGCCGCCGGUGGUGGAUUCGACGCCGCUGAGGCGAUCGUUCGUUCCUUGCCGGAGGAUCCCUCCGCCGACGACGACGACGACGACGAUGACACCGCCUUGCAAUAACUAGGGUUAGGGUUUCUUUUCUUUUUCUCUUUCUUCUGAUUUUCCGGUUUUGGCCCUCCGGAGUCGCCGUUGUAUAUACCGUCGCCGGCGAGAGAGGGUAGGGGUAGUUAUGGAAUUUUCGUUUGUAGCUGCUAGCCUGCUCCUCCUGAGAGUGGAAAUGUCGAAAGUACCCUUGGUUCUUGGGUUUCUUUUGGCUUUUGUUUUUUUAAAUAGAUGGAAACUGUGGGGUUGUUUUGGGUGCUUAAAUUUACUUGUAUUUAUUUAUUU